UUUUGGUUAUUUCUACUUUUAUUUAUCUCACUCACAUAUUUUGUAGGGUUAUACAACUUUAACCACUAGACUUUCAACUAUAUUUUUUUUUCAAAUAAUAGGACAUAUAUACUGUACAUAUAUCAAUAGCCAAAGCAAAAGUGAGAUCAGCAAAAUCGUAUUUUUUUAAUCGUAAAUAUAUGAUGCUUAGAUUUGCUGUCUUAUUAGGUGGACCACCAGUUUGUUAUACUUUCUUUAUCCUUGGUUGCCUUUUGUUACCGACACAUAUUAUUGGACGCAUAUCGUAUGUUGUUAUCCACGCACACACAAUAUAAACAUAUACUAAGUCGUCUUCUUCUUCUUCUUCUUCUUCUUCUACCAUAUUAAAGGAACAUCGUGUCCUCAUGCUUGUGUUGUUGGCUUGGGACAUCAUGUGACUUUCUUUUCUCCUUCCAAAGUCAAUAUAUGAACAGUAGUAACACUCUGAAAAAAACGAAUAAUGUUUUUUUCUCUUCUGUGUUCAUUGUUUUCCAUUGUGCAUAUCAUUCAAAUGUUUGACAUUGUUAUAACUAUGCAAGAGAGUGUGCUGUAGAAAGUCAGGUGUCGAUUUUACUCUUUUAAUAGCCACACUUGGGGUCAGUGCUAUGCAAAGAAAACACUUUCUGUCUUCUGACUUAAAGCAUCUGAUUCCUUUUUUUUUUUCUGGUGUUAAACUAUGCAAGAGUUUUGCUUGAGAGUCCUCUCUCUUCUAAACAUUUCUUGAAAUAUAGUUUUUUAUUUGGUUUCUUUUCCUCUUUUGCAUAAUUUUGAUCUGACUUGUUACUGUUAGUGGUUCAAAACUAGACUGAAAACGAUAUAUGUGGGGUUUUAUCUUUUCAGACUGUCUGUGGCUACCAAGUACUAACUCUUGUUUUCCACACCCUAUAUCUAGAAUUUCUAUUUUUUUUUAAAGAAAAUUCUUUCUGGUCUACUGAGAAAAAAUCCAUUUCCAAUAAAGAAGAGAGAUCUUUCUUCGUUGUAUUUCCCAGAAUCAAAUUCCAAAGUCAGCUUGGGCCGAGUGAGAGAGAGGCGGAGGAGGAGCGGCUCUAGGAUCCGGAUAGGCGAAGGGACCCACAGAGCUACAUGUUACUCUCUGGAUUGAAACUGAGCUUCUUUAGGUUCUGUUUUGGUGUGAGCGUAUGCCUGGGAACAAGUACAACCUCAGUUCUUCUCACAUCCCCCUCUCUCGGACAGAACGGCUCUUGAGAGAAAGAGAGCUUAGAGAUAAGAGGAGGAGCAACCGUGCUCUCAAUCCCAAUGACAAUCCUGACAACUCUGAGAACGACCUGCGUUUAGAAGGUGACAGUUCAAGGCAACAAUAUGUUGAGCAGUACCUGGAAGGUGCUGCUGCUGCUAUGGCUCACGAUGAUGUCUGCGAGAGACAAGAAGUAAGGCCUUACAACAGGCAACGGCUCCUUGUAGUGGCUAACAGGCUCCCUGUUUCUGCUGUGAGAAGAGGUGAAGAUUCAUGGUCUUUGGAGAUCAGUGCUGGUGGCCUAGUUAGUGCUCUCCUAGGUGUGAAGGAGUUUGAAGCCAGAUGGAUUGGAUGGGCUGGCGUUAAUGUGCCUGAUGAGGUUGGACAGAAGGCACUUACCAAAGCUUUAGCUGAGAAGAGGUGUAUACCUGUGUUCCUUGAUGAAGAGAUUGUGCAUCAGUACUACAACGGUUACUGCAACAACAUCCUAUGGCCUCUGUUUCACUACCUUGGACUUCCACAAGAAGACCGUCUCGCCACAACAAGAAGCUUCCAGUCUCAGUUCACUGCGUACAAGAAAGCAAACCAAAUGUUUGCUGAUGUUGUGAAUGAGCAUUAUGAAGAAGGAGAUGUUGUCUGGUGCCAUGAUUAUCAUCUCAUGUUCCUUCCUAAGUGUCUCAAGGAGUACAAUAGUAAGAUGAAAGUUGGUUGGUUUCUCCACACACCGUUCCCUUCUUCUGAGAUACACAGGACGCUUCCUUCAAGAUCAGAGCUGCUUAGAUCAGUUCUUGCUGCUGAUUUAGUAGGUUUCCAUACGUAUGACUAUGCAAGACACUUUGUGAGUGCGUGUACUCGGAUACUUGGGCUUGAAGGAACACCUGAGGGUGUUGAGGAUCAAGGCAGGCUUACUAGAGUAGCAGCUUUUCCAAUUGGUAUAGAUUCUGAGAGGUUUAUAAGAGCACUUGAAGUACCAGACGUGAUACAACACAUGAAGGAGUUGAAAGAACGGUUUGCUGGCAGAAAGGUGAUGUUAGGUGUUGAUCGGCUUGAUAUGAUCAAAGGGAUUCCACAGAAGAUUCUUGCAUUUGAAAAGUUUCUCGAGGAGAACGCAAGCUGGCGUGAUAAAGUGGUGUUACUGCAAAUUGCAGUGCCGACAAGAACAGAUGUCUCUGAAUAUCAAAAACUGACAAGCCAAGUUCAUGAGAUUGUUGGACGCAUUAAUGGUCGUUUUGGGACACUGACUCAAGUUCCAAUACAUCACCUGGAUCGUUCUCUGGACUUUUAUGCUUUAUGUGCACUUUAUGCCGUCACAGAUGUUGCACUUGUCACAUCUCUGAGAGAUGGGAUGAACCUUGUCAGCUACGAGUUUGUUGCUUGCCAAGAGGCUAAAAAGGGUGUUCUCAUUCUCAGUGAGUUUGCAGGUGCUGCACAAUCACUAGGUGCUGGAGCCAUUCUUGUGAACCCUUGGAACAUUACAGAAGUUGCUGCCUCCAUUGGCCAGGCUCUAAACAUGUCACCUGAAGAAAGAGAGAAAAGACAUAGGCAUAACUUUCACCAUGUCAAAACUCACACUGCUCAAGAAUGGGCUGAAACUUUUGUCAGUGAACUAAAUGAUACUGUGAUUGAGGCACAACUAAGAAUUAGCAAAGUCCCACCUGAGCUUCCACAGGAUGAUGCUAUUCGCCGGUAUUCAAAGUCCACCAACAGACUACUAAUCCUGGGCUUCAAUGCAACACUGACUGAGCCAGUGGAUAACCAAGGGAGAAGAGGUGAUCAGAUAAAGGAGAUGGAUCUUAACUUACACCCAGAGCUGAAAGGACCGUUAAAGGCACUAUGUAGUGAUCCAAGUACUACCAUAGUUGUCCUAAGCGGAAGCAGCAGAAGCGUUUUGGACAAAAACUUUGGAGAGUAUGAUAUGUGGUUGGCAGCAGAGAAUGGGAUGUUCUUAAGGCUUACAAAUGGAGAGUGGAUGACUACAAUGCCAGAACACUUGAACAUGGAAUGGGUUGAUAGCGUUAAGCAUGUUUUCAAGUACUUCACUGAGAGAACACCAAGGUCACACUUUGAAACAAGAGAUACUUCUCUUAUAUGGAACUACAAAUAUGCUGAUAUUGAAUUUGGGAGGCUUCAAGCAAGAGACCUGUUACAACACUUAUGGACAGGACCAAUCUCUAAUGCAUCAGUUGAUGUUGUCCAAGGAAGCCGCUCUGUUGAGGUCCGCGCCGUAGGUGUGACCAAGGGAGCUGCAAUAGAUCGCAUUCUAGGAGAGAUAGUGCAUAGCAAGUCCAUGACCACACCGAUAGAUUACGUCUUGUGCAUUGGCCAUUUCUUGGGGAAGGACGAAGAUGUGUACACAUUCUUUGAGCCAGAACUCCCAUCAGACAUCAUCCCAGCCAUUGCACGGUCCAGACCAUCAUCUGAUAGUGGUGGAACCAGAUCAUCAUCAGUAGGAGGGGACAGAAGACCGCCUUCAAAGUCAACACACCACAACAACAACAACAACAGCAAAAGCAGUUCAAAAUCUUCCUCCUCUAACUCUAACCACCACAACAACAAGGCCUCAUCACAGAGAUCUCUUCAGACAACAAAAAGCGGUUCCAACAACCAUAGCUUAGGGAACUCAAGACGUCCUUCACCGGAGAAAAUCUCUUGGAACGUGCUUGACCUCAAAGGAGAGAACUACUUCUCUUGUGCGGUUGGUCGCACACGCACCAGUGCUAGAUACCUCCUUGGCUCUCCUGAUGAUGUUGUUUGCUUCCUUGAGAAGCUCGCCGACGCGCCAGCGCCUAACUCAUCUUAGAUUCCUAGACUGUCUGAACUGUGAGAGUUCUUGUAACCCCAAUAAGUAACCAUUACCAGACUUUUUUUAGUGGUUUUGAUUCUAAUCUAAUAAAGAGUAGAUCAAGUGAUGAAUAAAAAUACUUAGAAUAA